GUCGGAUCGAUGGGUUCCCCAGAGUUACAGUCCUCCGCUACCCGCACCUUGUGCGAUUGGAUUCACGGCCUGUCGCUGGCCGACGUACCAGAUGAGCAAGUGACUAGAAUCAAGUACCUGAUCUUGGAUGGGCUGGCCUGCGCGUUGAUCGGGGCGCGACUGCCCUGGUCAGCCAGCGCCGUAGAAGGAGUGUUGGCAAUGGAGGCGGAAGGCAGCUGCAGCGUCUUCGGUUGGGACACGAAAGUCGGCCCUCUAGCCGCUGCCCUCCUCAACAGCACCUUCAUCCAAGGCUUCGAGCUCGACGAUUACCACCGCUCCGCCCCCAUUCACUCCAGCUCCAUCAUCCUCCCAACCCUACUCGCCGCCCUCGAGCACCGACCAUCAUACGGGGCAGAUACGGCCACAGUCCGCCAGGACGGCGCCGCCUUCCUCCUGGCCGCGAUCGUGGGCUACGAGACCGGGCCCCGCAUCGGGCUGGGCGUCUACGGGGGCGACGUGCUCUCGCGCGGCUGGCACUCGGGCGCGAUCUUCGGCCCCGCCGCCGCGGCGGCCGCGGCGAGUAAGCUGUUCGGGGUGGGCGUCGACUCCGUCGAGGACGCGGUCGGCAUCGCCUGCACGCAGGCCGGCGGGCUGAUGGCGGCGCAGUACGAGAGCACGGUCAAGCGCAUGCAGCACGGGUUCGCGGCGCGCAACGGGCUCUUCGCGGCGCUGCUGGCACGGAGCGGCUACGCGGGGAUCAAGGCCGUGCUCGACCGGCCCUAUGGAGGGUUCCUGAGCACGUUCAGCCAGGGGAACGGGCGGGAGCCGGCGUACCAGCCGGACGCGGUGGUGCGCGGACUGGGGACGGGCUGGGAGAUGGACCAGAUCCUGGUCAAGCCGUAUGCGUCGAUGGCGGCCACGCACGGCACGAUCGACUGCGUCGUGGCACUGCAGGAGAAGUACCCCGCGGCGCUGCUGCGGGAUGUGAGCAAGAUCCGGCGUAUCACGGUGGAGAUGUCCGGCAUCGCGUUCAAGAAGGGCGGGUGGGCGCCCCAGCGCCCGUUGACGGCGACGGGGGCGCAGAUGAGCUGCGCGUAUGCGGCGGCGAUGCAGCUGCUGGACGGAGAGGUGCAGCCGGCGCAGUUCUCCGCGGCGCAGCUGAAGCGCGAGGAUGUGUGGGAGCUGAUCGGGAAGAUUCACUGCGUGCACAAUGCGGACUGGGAUGGCGAUGUGAAGUCCGCGUGGCAGCAGCGGAUUCGCUUGGAGAUCAACGACGGCAAUGGUGAGACGCAGGUCCUCACUGAGCGGGUGGCGGCGCCGCGGGGGAAUCUUGUGCCUCUCUCCAAUGAGGAGAUUCUGGCGAAAUGGCGGAGAUUGACGCACAGGGUGAUCAGCCCUGAGCGGGCAGAGGCAAUCGAGCGGUUGGUGCUGAGCCUAGAGGAGGUGGACGACGUGAGCCAACUCGCUCACUUGCUUGUGGGGCGAACUGAAAAUGUAGUAGAUGUUGACUCGGCAUGA